GAAGAAGACAAACCAUCCGAGCUGGAACGCCCAUGUGAUCUGCAGCCCUCAUUCAAACCAUGAGCAGCCUGCUCCGGAGCCGCCACUCCGAGUUCGGAUCUUGCAAGGGCAACCUGUACCUCCAGCCCUUCGUCAAGGGCCCGCAGCAAGCACCACAGUUCAGGACCCACUCGGGUGAGUUCCUGCGGCGCAAGGGCAUGAUCGUCCGAAGGCUUGAAGAGGGCGAUGAGGAGGCGUGCGCACAGAUGGACGGCGAGGCCUUCUGCCACGAACCGGCCAGCGACGCCCCUGACCGGCUGGUGCAGACGCUGCAGCGUGCGAGGAGCGAGUCGGCUGACCUGCUCUUCGGCCUGUUCUCGCAGUUCCCAAAUGAGGAGGUGCUGCAGGGGGUGGUCAUGGGGCUGCGGACGGCGUGUGAGCCGCUCGUGUGGGACCACAUGCCCUCUCACGAGCUUGACGGAGGUGCUGCAGCACCACCAACCACGCCACACGUCAAAACACAUUGAUGGUUCUCGUGUGUGGUGUGGUGUGGUGUGGUUGGUUCAGGGACGUUGCAGCUGUAUUGUGUUCGUCUGUCCCGUUGCAAGGCGAGCAUGGGCAUCGCGUGUUUGGUCAAGUGCUACCUGGAGGUGAUAGCCGCCUCGAGCACCAUCAGCCGUGUGUCGGUGUGCUGCAAGGCCUCCCAGCUCGGCAGCUUCCUCGAGUGCGGCAUGGCCGUCACAAGACACUGCAACGAAUUGGACCAUCUGCCAGACGGUAUGUAUGGUCGUAUGCCACAGACAGCCACACAAACUGAGAUGGACUCCGUCUUUGUGAGUACGUCACGUACGUCAUUUGCUUUGUGUGGUGUGUUAGGUCCGUGGCUCGAGUUGUCCAUGUGCCUGGACGAGUUGCGGACGCAGCCGUUUGUGAUAGUGGACUGCUUCCCUCCCCAGGCCAAACCCUUCACGGGCAACCCCAUCUGCUGCAUCUUCACGCAGCAGGGGGGAGAUGCCAACUGGAUGCAGGUAGGUGCCCUCAGACACACACACACACACACACAGGGAGGGAUGGUCGAUCGAGUCACACGGAUCUGUGCACUGCACGUGUUGUGUGUUGUGUUCUUUCGUUUUCAGGGAGCAGCGAAUGAGUUGGGUUGCAACGAGACGUGUUUUAUCCAACCGUCGAGGGACCCCCGCAUCACCUCGCAGGAACUGGCGGGCACCGGACAGUGCCACUAUGACCUCAGGUACAUAAUGAGGGAGGAUAUCAGCCACGACAAACCGUCAGUUUGCACACGCCUGCAUCUGCGUGUCCAUUGCGUCGGUGCAGGUCGUUUACCCCGCACUGUGAGGUCGACUGUGGCCACGCGUUGCUGGGCGCCGCCAAGGCACUCUGGAUCUCACAGAGAGCACCGGUAGGUAGGGAGGGAGAUACACAAACAACGUCUGACUGACUCACCCAUCCCAUCAUGGGCCAUCCAUACGCCCCUGCUCUUCCUCCCUCCCUUGCAUCUGAGCUCAGGACGACUGCGUGAUAGUUUUCCACACCCGUUCGGGCGAGCUGAGUGCCCGCGUGUGUGGGUCGCAGCCGGCCGUGUUCCGCAAGGCCCGCCUGCCCAUCAUUGCCAACCACUCCAGCGAGCUCGGCCAGAUCGGCCUCCCCGUUGCGUCAUCCAUGGACGGCGCCAUGAGCGAGGCAUCCGAGCCCUCCACGCCCAUCUCCCCGGGACUGCCCCUCUCACAGACGUGGGACGAGCGGUCCGACCGUUCCUCGAGCUCACCGGGAUCGGCUUACAUGGGCGGCGUGCACGCGACGGUCCGUGACCGCGCAGAGUGGAUCGAGUUGGACUUCCCGCUGAUCCAAGCAGUCCCCGUGGACAUCCAUGGGGCCGACAUCCCAUCUUCGGUGGCCAACAUGAAGCGGACCAAGCCGGCAGGAGGCGACGAUGACGAGGGGCAGGACAGCGACGAGACGGGCGACCUCGGCAUGUGGCGGCAGGCGACGACGAGUGUCAAGAGCACCAGCGGUGAGGGCCUCAACGGCAUCUCGGGCACGCCACCGCCACGUCUGCCUAGCAGAUCCUUCUCAAUGCUGGGAAGGUCGCCGGGCGCGAGGCUGCCGAUUCCACUGGCGGGCGGGCCCAGCACGCCCCGGGUGGACAGCACGCUCGACGUUCUCGACCACAACGAGCGUGCUGCCGUGUCGCAUCGGAGGGAGUUGCUCAUGGCACCGGUGAGAGAGACAAGACACCGACAGGCAGAUGGGCAGAUUGACAGUGUGUGUGUUUCUCUUCUCUCUCUCUCUCUUUGUUCGUUCAGUCGUUGGUAGAGGCGUUGGGUGUGGAUGCCGACGAGGUGGUGUUUAUCGGCCGCACCGACAGCGACAUGCUCAUCGAGGUGACCGACCCUGCCGUCCUGCAGGUAAGUGGGUGGUGUGGGUGCAAGAAGACAGACACGUAGACGUAGACAAGGACUCGUGUGCCGAUCGAUCAAUGCUUCUGUCGUUGCUGUGCAGAGAUUGCGUCCCGAGUAUCAUCGUGUGGCUGCGUGUUGCCGUCGGGGCGUCAUCAUCACCUGCCGUGCCACGCCCAACGACCCCAUCGUCAACGAACUCAAAAAGCGGUUCUCCACACGGGUGAGGGCGACGACACACGCAGCACGACCACAUGGACGUCAUGCUCGCCCGCCUCGUGUGUGCGGUGCGCAGAUCGACUUUCUGUCGAGGUUCUUCGCCCCGAGAAUCGGCAUCCCGGAGGACCCGGUCACGGCGGGUAUGCGGACAGACACUCUCACAUCCGUCCGCACUCUUUGCCAUGUCGGCAUUUCGUUCUUGUUUUGUGGGAUAGGCAUCUACAACUGCCUGGGUCCCUAUUGGGCGUCAUCUCUGGACCGUUUCGACCUCAUCGCCUACCAGCUGUCGCACCGUGGGGGCAUCGUGGCCAUCAGUGUGGACCUCCGCAGCAGCAGGGUCAAGCUGUACGGCCAGGCGGUGAGCUCGGUGGAGGGCAAGCUGACCAAGAAGGCGGUCCCGAUGAACAACCCAGAGGACCUGUCGCUCAGCGUCAUGCGCAUCUUCGCGUCAUAGCUCGUGUGUAGCACAUAGCAACAGAGGGCAUGUGAGGGGAGGGGAGGGGAAGGAGGGGAAGGAGGGGAAGGAGGGGAAGAAUGGAGAGGUAUCUUUUUCGUGGUCUCCGGAGAGAGAUGGGCAAAUGGUUGUUUGGUUGUGUAACUAGAUAGCUGUGUGUUGAAUUUAGGGGCGGGUGGCCGACUGAUUGAAUGGAAUCUGCAUUCGGUGACACAGAGAGAGAGAGAGAGAGAGGCGACUUUUGUAACAUGACAAGACGUGAAUGCAAUGCAUCUUUCGGGGGGCUGGGUGAGCGGUAAUGCUUUUUGCCUAGCUACUUGCCAUGUUUUUCGUCGGUCGAGGGCGAUACGAUGCGUGCGGUGCUUUCUACGGGAUGGGGUCGUGACGGCGCCCCAGACAGCGAACGCGUGUGUGGUGUGUGCGUAUCGUGUAUGUGGUGUGGUGUGUCAUGUCAUGUCGCUCCGAAUGGACGGACUGGUGGCGCACAGCACAGCUGGGGUUUAUCUAUCUAUCGGCCGAUCAAUCGACGAAUGAAUGGGCGGUGAUCGACGGGCAAUGGGGGUGUGUGUGUGUGUGUGUGCGUCCAACCGGUGUGUGGUGUGUAAUCCAGUGCAGUGUGUGCUGUGUAUUUUUCUCCUCUGCGGGAAAGCUUUACUCGACCCCCGGUUUCUUUUGUAGUGUGGCUGCGUGUGGCUGGCUGACUGGCAUCAGGAAGGGACAGUGACAAGACAGAGGUGCGGUUUGUUUGUUGAUGUCGAUCUGUCGCGAAGCCCGGUGGUGUUGCGGUCGUCCUUCGGGCCUCGUUCAUCUCCCGCAGCAGCGAACACACAUAGUCAUGAGCGGCGCUGCGUGUCUGCUGCUGAGGGAAGUGUCUGCGUGACACGUGAGACGGCGGCACACACACAGGGCAGGCAUGAUUGGAUGGACUAACGGACGGACGAUGGAUGGAUGGAUGGAUCUGGCUGCCCCCACGACUGACUGCGUACAUGGAUGGAUCUCUAGUGUUGCCUCCCUUGGUGGCGACUACACAUUCACUCAUUGGCGCCCAGCCAGCCAGAGAGAUGACGAUUUUUGCCUCUAGCUGUGUACGGCACAACACAUGGACGAGGGUGAGAGUGGGGAGGGGUGUGAGUCGCCGCAUGCGGCUUUGCUGAUCGGGGUAUCUAUCUUUUCAUCUUGUGUCCAUCAUCGCGUGUGCACGUGAGUGAGUGAGUUGAUGACAUACCAUACACCAUGGCUGCGUGUCCGUCCGUCUGUUCGUGCUUAUAGCUGCGUGUGUAUUUUUCUCCCAUUGCUCGAUAUCGAUGCGUGGAUGAAUGAGUGAAUCGGAAUGCGUUGUGCGUUGCUGACAGACGUCUCCCUGCUUGCGUGUCUCGACACUUUCUGCAUGCCUCCGACCGUG